AUGAAGCUUUCUCAAACAGACAAAUUGACUAUCUCCUGCAUCAGACACCAAAAUUUGGACGAUAUGAAGCAUGGCAGACAGGAUUCAUCUUUCAACCACAAGCAACAACCGGAUGAUAACGAGCCCAGCAAAAAAUUUCUCGGACUCGAAACGGGAUGCGGAAGCAAUGUGGUACUGAAGUGUUCAUGUGAUCCUUUAGUUACUACAGCGACGCAAAAUCCGAUUCUGAUAUCGGUUGCUGUAAACACUGUGAGAGAGGACUGCAUGGAUUCGGCACUUGGCUAUUUUGAGCACACCAGUCUGGAAAAAACUCACCGAGAUCUAGAAGAACAACAUUCAAAUCUUAUCGAGAAAAAUACUAAGAUGGAAAACUCAAACGAAGAUUUGGAUCGUGACUUGAAAUCGGCGAAAGAAGAGAUUGUGACGCUUCAACGAGCAAUACAGGAAAUCCAAAAUAAAGAAUAUGAACGAGAAAAGGAAGCAGCAUUGAUGCGGCAACACGAAACUUACAGUGUGGACGUGCAGAACAAUUUAACAUCAAGUGAUGAAUAUCAGUCACCUCCUCAACAACCUGGAUCCAGGGGACGUUUCUCACAACUUCUACCGCUGAUAACAGCCGAUUCUGCAACAUCCUCAAGACCAACGGUGUCUCGAACCAGAUCAUCUAUAUUUCCUGGACCAAUCCUCGGAUGUAAAUGUCAAAUGUGCACCGCAUUCUUCCGAAGCAGUGGAUUACUUGGGUUCGCUUGCAGUCCAUAUGUUACGGACAGUUCGGGACGAAAUCCAGUUUUACGCGACUUGAGAAGACUUGUCUGGCUUCAAAAUUCCAAGCUGCAGAUUCAGCCAAAGGAUCAAAUAAUUGCUCGAAACAAUCGUGUAGGAACUGUACGAUACGUAGGACAUCUAGAUGGAGUUGGGACGCCCAGCGUAGUAUACAUAGGCAUGGAAUUGGAUAAUCAAGAAGGUCGACACGAUGGGUACCUAAAUGGUAAAAGAUAUUUCUUCUGCCCUCACAAGCAUGGAUUAUUCAUUCCUUUACAAGAUGUUUUAUGCGUAAUCAACCGCAAGGUCACGCCACCAUCAGCGCAUCCACCAAUUCGGGACCGUCCCCCAGCCAUAAUAGGGAGAGAUAGCGCUGGAAAAAUUUCACAUGUAUCAAUUGCGGAAUUCGGAAGACGACGUAGACGUAAAAAGACAUCCGCAACAAGUACCAGUGGUUCUUCUACAACUUCGGACACCAGCAGUUCAAUUUCAACCACAACGAGUGAAGAUGAAAAAAUUGGAAACUUGAAAAGGUUUCCCGAGCUUGUCGUGAGUUAGCAACUGCUGAUACAGAAGACAUAUGACACGUCGCUAUACCUCACAGUGAAGAUCCAGUGCAAACUUUAUAGACUUUGUAUUUCUUUGCAUCAUUAACUACAUUUAUCACUUUUUCUUUGUGAAGUGAAAUAUUGAGAAACUUUCAAGAUAUAUUUGACAUAUCGCUUGAGAAUGUUGAUCACUUUGCUCUAUUGGAAUGGAUUUCGGUUCAAUUGCAUCUCCAUAAGAUAUCGCCAUUUCGACAAUUUUAUUAACCUAAAAUAAACCAAUAUCAUCACAUUUUAA